GCAUGUACGACCGGGCUCCCCGCACCUUCACCGUGACUGUAGGCUGCACUGGCUCCCGCUUGGGCCCCGGCUGCUAUGAGUUGCCUUCCAGGACGAGACAACUCCGAGGUGGCUAUGCUCCAUUUCUUUCUUUGGCAAGUCGUGGCAUUGAAAGUAUUUCUCAAAAUUCUGAGAAUGAUGCUCCAGGGCCAGGAUACUAUGAGAUUGACAGAACUCAGAAAACUAUUAAAGGGGGGCACAGUCCUCAGUACAAAGAGAGACGUUUCAAAGAGAUCCACAUUGAUACUCCUGGUCCUGGAUCAUAUUGCCAACCUCCUUCAAUGGGCCAUGAUGUCAGCUUGGUAAAGAAACCGUCUAAAGUCCCUUCAGCACAGAAACUUGCACGUAAUAUCAAAGCGCUCCGUAAGUCAGAAGCUCCUUCUAUCCCUUCCCAAGGACAAUCGUUUGGUUACGAAGAGACUGAGGAUGGCACUCUCGUAAAACAUAACCCUCCUGCAAGAGACAGUACUUUGGGUCCAGCUUACUAUUGGACAAAAAGUAAUGAAACUUAUCCUACCAUGAAGUAUAAAGGAGUGCAUUUUGGCAAUUUGACAGAAAAGCGACAUGAAUUUAAGCCACAUGCAGGCCCUGGACCUGCAGAUUAUGACAUAAUUCAGGAAAAUGCAGCACAUUAUGAAAAUGUCAACAUCAGGAGGGAAGACCAGAAAAAAUGUGACCUCUAUGUUCCACGGUAUCAUGAAGAAAUAGUAUUACAGGAAGAAAAGAAGGGUGUUCCAGGUCCUGGAAAGUAUGACAUAAAAAGUCAGUUUCAGAAGACAGAGAGUGAAGCUCAACGUGCUCCUUUUCUAUCUCUUGCCCAGAGGUUUGCACCUGCGAAAUCAUUCACCCCAGCUCCUGGCACGUAUAAUGAAACACGCUGUGCUCUAGAGUCCUUGAAGAAAGCAUCUAAAACAAAAAACAUCCCAUUUGGCCAUACUGCUGUUCGAUUCACCCAGGACUAUAGGCUUCAAAAAACACCAGGUCCUGCAUUCUAUAAUAUCCUCAACUACAGUGUUGCAACAAAAAGUCCUAAAACAGUCGUCUCAGAGAAAAGAAAGAAAGGAGCAUUCGGUUCUGCAGCUCCUAGAUUGUUAUAUUUAGUUAAGAAGGAAGCCUUUGCUACUCCUGGACCAGCGGAUUAUCAGGUCAAAGAGGUCACCGAAGAACCACGUAAAAAGAAAAAGCAAUUGUCAGUUUUUGUGUCAGCAACAGAAAGAAUUCCAAUUAUUAACACGGAAGCACCUGCACCAGGUUCCUAUGACGUUCAAAAGUCAUUUGAAAAAUCGCAGUGUAAAAGCGAGUACAUGCCUCCACGGAACCCGGCGGCUAAAAGGAAACAUGCUUCUUUUCUCAGUGGAGGAUUUCGGGAAACUGUAUCGAAAGUCGGGAUGGAUAUCCCAGGACCAGGGGCAUACAAUCCGGAGGCAUACAACUCAGGAGUGAAAUUGCCUUCCAGUGUUACUGUAUGGGUUUCCCGGGUGGAGCGUUUUAAAGAGGCAAGAGACGACACACCUGGUCCUGGGGCAUAUGAGCUGAGCCCACUCUUUAGAGAUACAGUCUUGAAGAGAACAUACAACACUACAUUAAAUAAUCCGGUUGAGAUACAAAUGGACAAUUCUUUUUACAAACCUCUGACAGACAAGCAAAACCUUUUCUGUGUGUCUAAUGAACUGAUCUUGAAAGCGUAA